AUGCUACCGUCAUCACUGGGCAAGGUUAACUUGAGUCUCCGCAACCUUCUCAGGAACAGAUUAUGUCUCGCACAUGCAUUAUUUCCCACCUUACGCCGACCAAAGGGAACUCACCCGUCUGGCCGUGCAGUCAGACAGCUCUCCACCAAGAGGCUAAUCCUACAAGACGGCAACACCAUCUCGGUACUUCUACCUCCAAGUUUCUCUUGUCAUCAUCCUCAUCAACGACAACAACAACCACUGCAACCACUGCAACUACCAGCACCCACCUUUCAAUCUCUUAAAUUUACAACGCAAACCUCUCCCGAAAUUCCGCUACCAACCGCGACCAUUCUCUCCACACCCCCCGCACACGAAUGUUCGCUGGCUCUGGACGGGAGGUCUCAUCACGGCGACACCAUAGCGUUGUUGCAGGAUCGCAGUUCGAGAGACUUCCACCACACUCGCGACCCCGCAACGUCGCACCAACAGCCCUCCCCUCUUCCGACGCCCCCCGAGAGGGCCUUUGCUCAACCAAUUCUUUCCCUUCAGAGUCCGGCGACCGUCCAGAGCGGUUCGCUCUGGCGGAACCCAUGCGUCGGAGGCACGCUGGCGGGCAACUAUCGCGUAGGGGACUACAAUGUCGACUACUCUGCACAGGAGUCGCAUCCGGGCGAGCAGAGUCAGCAACAGCAUGGGUAUGACACGACGCCUUCCCAUCAGCACCAUAGGAGUUCCAUUCAUCAUGGUGCCGCCCAUACACCUUCGCUCCACGACCCGUCGCCAGGUCAUCAUUCGCACCAUCCAGCCAUGCCGCAACAUCACUCCCACCACUCUCACCACUCCCAUCAUGUACUAAUGGAUCCGGGGCACCAGCUGGGCCACGCCCGGCAUCUGGGUCCGCCUCAUUACGGUGCCCCGGGCCCCGUCGUUGCUCCUCUCUACCCUUCCAUGACAACGCCUACCCAGUCGCAUACACCCCAUGGAGCGCCCAAGAGAUCCAGGCCUGAUGAGCUCGACCUAUCUUUACCUGGGAUGCCGGACCUGGAGCAAACCGAUCUCGAAAGCAUGCAACAUACGCCAUUGGGGUCUGCCUACGGCCAAACGGGAGUGCAGCAAGUACAGCCUACGCAUCAUCAUCACCGGCUUCCUGACACAAGCCCUCCUUCCAAGAUGAUGAGACGCGACGGUGACAUCGGAGACAGAGGCGGGGCUCCCAGCGUGGUGGGACAAGCCGGUAUGCCCGCUCCGGCACCAAGACCACGAGGCCCCAAACUCAAGUUUACACCUGAAGACGACCAGCUUCUGAUCGAUCUGAAGGAAAACAAGUCUCUUACAUGGAAGCAAAUUGCCGACUUUUUCCCCGGCAGAUCUUCAGGAACCUUACAAGUACGCUACUGCACAAAGUUGAAGGCAAAGACCACGCAAUGGACAGAGGAAACGGACCAAAAGCUUCGCACUGCACUUCAAGACUACGAGAACGAAAAGUGGCGCAUUGUAGCCAACAAAGUCGGAACUGGCUUUACCCCGGCGGCAUGCCGCGAGCGCGCUCAGGAGCUGAUAGAAGGAAUCAGUGCUCCCUUAUAG